AUGCCUAUCAACAAGAAGGAUGCCUACCAAAUCAAUUUCGACGCUGCGAAGGCCACGGAGGCUGAACACAACAUGACAUUGUGGCAGGGACUCAAGCUCUAUCCUAAAGCCAUUGGUUGGUCUAUUCUGCUGUCCGCUGCCAUUAUCAUGGAGGGCUUCGACAUUAGACAAUUCGGUGUCCAACUUCCAGACAUAACGUUUGAGAUUGCUGCUGCGUGGCAGACUGGACUUUCAAAUGGCGCUGUUGUUGGAGAGCUUCUUGGUCUCAUGUUAAAUGGAUGGAUCGCCGACCGUUUCGGCUACAGGAAGACGAUGAUUGGUGCCCUCCUUGCAGUCAACUUCUUGAUUUUUAUCGUGUUUUUUGCAUCACGAGUCGAGCAACUGCUAGUCGGCCUUAUUCUGCUAGGUAUCCCCUGGGGAGUCUUCCAGACUUUGACGACUACCUACGCCGCUGAGGUUUGCCCAGUCGCCCUCCUUAUCGGGCAAUUUCUUGCCUCAGCUGUCCUCAAAGGUGUAGCGACCCGCGAGGAUCAUUGGGCAUAUCGUAUUCCGUAUGCUCUGCAGUGGAUAUGGCCCAUUCCCUUGAUAGUCGGUAUCUUUCUCGCGCCUGAAUCACCCUGGUGGCUGGUCCGCCAGGGGCGUGUCGAAGAGGCCAAGACAAUGGUACUCCGUCUUACUUCAGCCAACCAACUCGAGAGCUUCAACGCCGACGAAACAAUUGCCAUUAUGGUACAUACCAACGAGAUAGAAACAGCUGCAACCGAGUCCAUUGGCUACUUGGACUCGUGCGGAUCUGGUUUCAUGGGUUACUCAACCUACUUUUACCUUCAGGCUGGUCUGGAUACCUCUAACGCCUUUACGAUGUCCCUUGUACAGUAUUCUCUGGGCGCUAUAGGCGUGUUCUGCUUGUGGGCUCUCAUCACCAAAUUCGGCCGGCGCACUCUUUACAUCGGCGGCCUUGUGAUCCUCUUCGUGCUACUCGUUCUUACUGGAUCUCUUGGAUUAGUGGCCAAAACCAACACUGGGGAACAGUGGGCUAUUGGAUCCAUGCUUUUUGUAUACACUUUCAUCUACGAUGCCUCUGUUGGUCCGGUGUGUUACUCCCUCGUGGCUGAGCUAUCCUCAACUCGGCUCCGACAGAAGACUAUCGUUCUUGCGCGCAAUCUGUACAACGUCGGUGGUAUCAUCAACAAUGUCCUUACCCCGAACAUGCUAAAUCCGUCAGCAUGGAACUGGGGUGCUAAAUCCGGGUUCUUCUGGGCUGGAUCAUGCUCUCUCUGCAUUUUCUGGUGCUAUUUCCGUCUACCCGAGCCCAAGGUCUCAGCUCGCAAGUUCGCAUCGACUUCAGUCGAUACAUUUACAGGCGCCAUUGAAACGAACGACAGCAAGGAAAAAAUGCACGUUCAGCAUAUUGAAAAGGCCUGA